GCCGGCUGGAGGAGAGGAAGCAGACGCUGGGGGGCAGGGCGGCCCCAGGCCCUGGAGCCCCACUGUGGCCAGCGAGGACGACCAUGCCCAAGACCCGCUGACCCGCAGCCGCCAGGUAAGGCCAGCUCAGCCCACGCUCACCCCUCACCUGCACAGGCUCAAGGUGGGGCCCCAUCAUGGAGGGGUGGGGCCUGGGCCAAGGAACUGGUUCUGUGGGGUGCUCAGGCCACAGAGGACACUCCCCAGGUCCUGGUGCCUGGGGCACUCACGACCUCACAGUGACGGUGCAUGACUCAGGUGGUCACAGUGGCCUGUGUCAUCCCACCGGCCUGCCUGGGACUCACUGGCAAGUCAGGGGUGGGGCAGGGCAGUGCCAGGAGGCACGUCACAGGGACGCACAGUCAGCCCCUCGAGGCUCAGUCACCACUUGCCCCUUCCCUCCAGGUGGGACACCUGUGGCCUGGGCCACCAGGGCCACACAGUCCCGUGGCUCCUUGUGGGGGAGCCUGGGUGCAGGGUGGGGCAGGAGGCAGAGCAGGACCCCAGGUCAGCUGAGAUGCCCACCUGGGCCAGGUCAGGGGCAGAGUCACAUCCCCACAGCCCUGCCAUGAGAUGGGAGUGGGUCAGGGAGAAGAAACACAUCCUGCUUCCCGCUGGGUAGGUGGCGGAGGGUAUCCCGACCGUCAGACAGGGGCUGGCUCAGAGGGAAUGGCUGCGCUGAUCCAAGUCCCCACCCCCCGUGCCCAUCAGACCUUCAGCAGCCAGACAGGCCGGCCCCGAAAGCCCCAGGCUGUGGCUGGCACGCACCUUCCUCAGGCACUCACCCGUGCCUGGGCCCUCCCUGUCUUCCCGAAGCCCGUGGGGCUCAGCUCGGCCCCCAGACCCAGAGACCCUCACAUCCUACCCUCACACAGCUGCCUGCCAAUCAGGCCUGCACCAGCCAAGCCAGGAACCCAUCCUGGGAUCCAAGUUCAAAUUCACUUCACCUAACUUGGAGCCUGCAGCCUGCCUGAGAGCCACAUCUGCUGGGGCCCAGGGGCUGCUGACUCCCUUGGGGUGGCCCUGGCUGAGUCUCCCAUGCUCUGGGCAGCCUUUUCCACAUUGUGGUGUGUGUGAGUCCCGUGACAUGGACCAUGUGGCAUGUGUGAGUCCCGUGUCAUGGGCCCUGUGGUGUGUGUGAGUCCCAUGACGUGGGCUCUGUGGUGUGAGUCUCAUGACGUGGACCCCGUGGCAUCUGUGAGUCCCGUGACAUGGACCCUGUGGCAUCUGUGAGUCCCGUGACGUGGACCCUGUGGCAUGUGUGUCCCGUGAUGUGGGCCCUGUAGAGUGAGUCCCGUGAUAUGGACCCUGUGGCAUCUGUGAGUCCCAUGAUGUGGACCCUGUGGCGUCUGUGAGUCCCGUGACAUGGGCCCUGUGGCGUGAGGCCCGUGACAUGGGCGCAGACUUGCAUAAACAGUGGUGACUGUAGCCCGUCGUCCUUACCAUGAUUUCCGCCCAGGCAGCAGGGCCAGGCGGGGCAAGGCCAGCAAGAAGCGCCCACCGAGUGGUCAAUGAGACCCCCGUGCAUGUGGCCGGCAUUCCCGGGCUCAGAGACGUGUCCUCAGGCCAGCAAAUGUGGCACAAGGCUGUGCCACCCCCUUGCCGGAGCAGCUCCACAGCCUCCAUGCCCCGAUCCCCCAGCUCGGCCGGUAGCCCCCGGUCCCCUGGCACCCCUGGCUCGGAGAAAGUGGCCUCCCCCCUGGAGUGCUCCAUCUGCUUCUCAGGCUAUGACAACAUCUUCAAGACACCCAAGGAGCUCUCCUGCACCCACGUCUUCUGCCUGGAGUGCCUGGCCCGGCUGGUGGCUGCUCAGCCCGAGGGCGGCCCCGGCAGUGAAGCUGUGCCUUGCCCCUUCUGCAGGCAGCCCACGGCCGUGCCGCCCGCUGGAGCCCCCGCUCUGCGCACCAGCCGCCAGCUGCAGGCCCGGAUGCCAGCGCAUCUGCGGCGCGAGGAGCCCGUGUGGCUGGAGGGCACCAAGCUGUGCUGCCAGCCGCCGCCUGCCACGCCUGGCCACAAGCCUGGCUUUGUAUGUGUGGACGUGGGCCUGAGCAAGCCCGCCGAGCCCGCUGAACCCAUGCCCGCCCAGGACCCUGGCCCCCGCCGGGGCCGCCUGGCCCGCUGCUGGGCGCGCUGCAGGGACUGGAGGCGCAUGGUGCUGGUCUCCGCCCUGCUGCUGGUGCUUUUCUGCGUGGCGCUCUGGCCGGUGCAGUGCGCCCUCAAGACGGGGAACCUGCGCUGCCUGCCCCCGACCUCCCAGCCCUCCACCACCAUGGCCGCCUUCCCCCUCGGGCCUCUGACUGGCAACUAGGGUCACCAGCCUUGCCCAGGUCAGUCAUGAGUGGGUCCCCCACUGGGGUCUCAAGGGCGUAGCAGCCACUGAAGUCGGUCCCUGAGGACCCGAAAGGAGCCCAGCAUGUCUGGGGAUUCCACUUGGGCCCCGCCAAGUCCAGGCUCCAUUUAGCUUGUUCACCCCUCACUCUGCAGGCUGGGCCCUGACGGGGUGGAUGAGAGGGUCUCCAAAGCCUCCCAGAACCACAGGCUCCCACAGGCUGCAGAGACCACCCGCAGCUCCUGUUACGCAGAUGGGGAAGGGCCCAGGAGGGAAGCUGGCCAGCACCCCUCCGUCCAUGCACACAGAAUCGCCUGCCAGGGAAGGGAGGGAGGGGCGUGCCAUGACCCACCUCACGCUCACGCUUCACCCCCGGGUCCUCCCCAGGCCUUCUUCAGGCGGGGCUGGUCCCUGCCAUUGGGUGGGGGUGCUAGUCUUGCCCUCUGACUGUGGGUCGGGGGGGCAGGGCAGCCCCCCAGUGCAAGAUAACCACGGAAACUUCCAGCUGCCCCUCCAACCCUUGUGAAUUGUAGAUUUUUAAAUAAAUUAUUUGUAUCCAUCUU